AUUAUCCGGGACCUCGACGUGUGAGCCGCCAAGCCAACAGAGAAAGUGUUGAAGAUGGAUUCGGUCCAGUUGCAGUUACAUGCACUGGUUCUUGGCCUAGACAGAAGGUCGUCGAUCGACAUUCUCACUAAAAUGAUGCUGUCGUGUCACAAAAGUCCUUUGAAACUGAUUAUACAUACCUCCGCUAGUAUCUUGCCUGCGGUUGAGAUAACAAAGUUUGACUUUGUUGUACUUUUGGUGGAUGGUUCCAAAGCAGAGUGUUUAGACUCAUUGCGAGAUGCAGUCAGUAAACUGGACAUCGGCUAUUUUUCUAGGAAAUGUUGCACUGUCUCUGUAACCGCCAGUGUAGCGCAAGGUGUCCAGCGAAAUUACAGAGAAAUACAGAAAGUUUUGUAUUUGUUUCCUCUUGCAUCGACCAUGCCAAUAUGGAACUGCAACUUUGAAGAAGAGAAAGAUGUUGAAGUGCUAGCUUGUCGGAUCCUCAAAUGCAUGUCAUUAUGUUGGCAUCAUAUGGGAGUAUUAGUAUGUGAGGUGACAGGAAGAACAUAGUGACUAAAAGGAAAUUUAGUCAAGUAUUGUUAUGUACGUAUAAACACAGAAUAUUAGUGAUGAUCCAGCUUCAUGAAUAGACUAAAUAGCUUAACAAUAGUAAUUUCAUUGGCAGUUUUAAUUAAGUGUCUAGAUAUGUUCUAAA